ACGGGAAAGGAGGAUCGCUACCUUUGAUUCUCUUUCAAUUCUGUCUGAAAACAUCUUCUGCUUUUUUAGGUUCAUGAAAGAAAAUUUACUAGAGUGGGACGACUCGAACUAAUGUCUUCCAGAUUGACGUGCUGACGCUCUACCAACUAAGCCAUCUAUGUUGGCGGUCUUCCUAUUUUGACAAUAUCUUUGAUCGAGGUGUCAGUCAGAAGCCAUUCACCGUGUAGCCAGGGAUCGACCUGAUCGUUACAACAAAAAUGGCCAAAUCAGCAGUGACAAGCUACAGCUCUCUCCUAAAAGAGAUUGCCGACGGACUGACAGAGCAAGAUGUGGGCGAUAUAAAAUUGCUUUUGAGGUACCCAGCGGCCGUCAAGAUAUCUACGGGGACCCAGCUCCUCGUUGAGAUGCAGAGACAAGAUGAUUUAGACGAGGACAAUCUUGUGACGUUGAAGGAUGCUCUUGGGAAACAAAAACUAAAACGUCUCGUCAAGAUUGUGGAGAAGUUUGAGCAAGCUUCAUCUGACACAAGUCAAGGAGAUCCACUUACCAAGAGUUGGCCGUGUAGUGCUUUCAAAGAACAAACAAAGGAUGACAGACUAAGCCAGAGUGCCAAUUCAGCAGGAAUUCAAGACCAACUACAGCGUCGACAAACACAAGUACAACAAAAUCUUCAAGGUGCGGCACCCCCUGCUAGUUACCAAGGCAACUUGCCACAAGACUACCCGCAACAGCCACAACUGCUACCGGGGGUGGGCUACCCUAUGCAGCAAAUGGACCCGAGCUUGUACCAGCAAAGUCCACAAAGCCAACACCAGCAGAGGUCACAAUACCCAGGCUCUACAGGUUAUCCGAACCAACAGCAGUUAACAUUGCAGCAGCAGCAGCAGCAACAGUUACUGCAGCAGCAACAGCAUCUGCAGAUGUUGUUGUCCCAGCAGCAGCAGCAGCAGCAGCAGCAGCAGUACAUUCAGAGUCACACCGGUCAAUUUGUUCCAGUGAGUCCCGCCCAAGCCCAGUAUCCCGUCGCUCCGCUUCAACAAGGGUACCAGCCGUACACUGGUUCCCAGCCACCACCUGGCAGUGAACAGCACACUAUGCAAAGAGUUAAGUCUGUCCCGAGCUCGACGACCGCACCGCCCGGAGGUUCGGGUCACGCUAAGGCUGUGCCGACUAAGUCAUGUCCCUCCCAAAUCGGAAGAGCUCCCCAAGAGCUGACCCACCUUUUAGAAGAAGAAGAAGUAGGGUUGAAGCGUUUUCCUAGCAAUGUGCAGACCACAAAGGAGAUGAAUAUCCCUGCCGUAAACACGUAUGCGGUUGCCGAAAAGAUGACGGGAGAAAAGACAGUCAACGGGAACAUUGUGAUGGGCACAUCAAGCUUGGGUGGGGAGUAUACACCAAAUGGAGUAGCUUCGCAGUUUAUGGGAGGAAACACACAAGCAAUGAACAUAAUGAAUGGGAGAGGUCAGGGUACCAUACCAUACCAGGCAGCGAGAGUGCGUGUCAACUCUGAGGAGAAAAACAAUGAGUCAAUUGGAGAAGGAGUCCACCCAGUGUCCCAACAGAUGACAGAGACGGAGGCGGAUCUACUCCUUCUUUCUGGGUUCAGCGGCAAGAAGUUAUAUGACUUUCGCAAAGUUGAUUUCAUCGCCAUCGGAUCGUACCAAGUGCGCAUUCCGCAGGGGGUACACUACCACACAACUGAGGGGGCUUUUGCCAUCUUGCCCUUCAACUCUCCCUACACAAUACAGCUAAGGAAUAUCGACGAGCGUCUUCGCUGUAGCGCCCUCGUUGAGAACAACGGGAAAAUCGCAGGCGAAUGGACAAUCGAUCCGAAGGGAUUUAUCGUCUUGGAGAGACCAGCGAUGGACCAGAAGAAGUUCCACUUCAUGGAGGCACGCUGCGCCCCUUCCGGGUCGGGGGUCAGGUUGGAUGACCCCAAUAACGGGGUCAUCUGCGUGACCUUUACGCCGGAGAAGGACGAGACAUUGAAUGAUCUCUCUCGAGGGUUUGGCCACUUCAGCAUCUCUUCAAAUGGCGACUACUUUGAGAGUGGCGACAUGAAUGAUGUCCAGCGAAGCAUAGCACCGCGACCCGUCAACGAUCGACAGGUCGGCUGCACCGUCCUACAAGGCGAGAGCCACCAACGGUUUACUAGAUCGGAACACUUCCAACUGGACACCGUCAAAAAGACCAGGAUAGUGCUGAAACUCGUUGGGAAAUCAACUUGAAGGGGUUUGUAUACAGUGUGCUCCAGAUAAUCUCUCUCUCGCAUCCAUUAGCCGUGUACAAAACAGCGCGAUGUUCCCUCAUUUUGCCAACCAAAACGUUAGUGCGAACGAGCUAUGUGCAAUUUACAUAUUUAAUGGGAAGGGUCUAUUUCAUAGAGCUGCCAAGUACAAAUAUGAAAUUACAUCCUUGAUACAAGCAGGAUUACAAACAAAAUUUUCCAUUUGUUGCAUAUUGCUUGUUACUGGUGUUCAGCAGUUGUUAGCUUAUCCUGAA